AUGCACCAGAUUUACAGCUGCAGCGAUGAAAAUUUAGAAGUUUUCACCACUGUGAUUUCUUCCAAAUCAUGUAGUCCUGCCCGAAGACGAGCCAAAGCUACACAGCACAUCCUAACAAAGAGUGUGGUAGCCGUAUCGGACCAGCGGCCCCACCAAGGUGAGCUCCUGCAUGUGCUGUACCAGGCCAGGGGCGAGGAGGAGGCACGGGGAGGGGGCUGCCUGCAGGGCAGGCAGCAGGGACCCUGCCCUGCCAAGGGCACCGCCCAGCACGUGGGAAUUACUGAACAAGAGUCAUCUAAGUCCUAUAAUCAUCUGUUGGACAGAAAAUCUUUGAUUCCUCCAUCUCCAGUUGCCCAUAUCACAGUGAAAGCUGUGGCUGUCACGGGCUCACCCACCCGUGACCAAACUUCUGUGGAAGACCACAGGCAGCACUGGAGGAAGACAACAGAGUAUGACCUGGCCCUGCCACCAGGAGCAGAAGCUUCCCUACCACUGACAGGAGGCAACCUGUACGGGACACCCAGCCUCCUGAGGAAGAUGUGGAUGAAGCACAAGAAGAAGUCAGAGUACCUGGGGGCAACAAACAGUGCCUUUGAGGCGGACUGA